UAUCAGAAUGCAGCCAGGAUAAUGGCAAUUUUUAAUCCAGCAGCCUAGGGCAGAUAGCACCUUUUCAGUGAAGAACAGCGAUGCAAUGAGCCCUGCUUUGGAGAAAUUCCUUCAGCCUUGCCAUCAUUUGCUUUAGCUCAACACAACACGGGCAAACCCUGAAAGAUCUUAAACAGAGGAAAGCUCAUUCUGUGUUGGAAAUAAUUAUCUAAAGAUCAAGCCUGAUUGUACAGUGUAGAAAAGGCUGAGUUACAGAGCUGAAAGACAAUAUGAUUACCAUUAGUCCAAAAUCUGAAGACCCAAAUGAGACAGCUCUGCUACGGAGUAACCAUGAAGGGAACAUAACUUUUUCACCUUAUUACCAACACUCUCCUGGUGUGGCAGCCAGCUAUAUAAUUUCAUAUUUGUUCAUCUUCGCUUUGUGUAUGAUUGGCAACAGCCUUGUCUGCUUCAUUGUCCUAAAGAACAAAAGAAUGCGUACAGUGACCAACUUGUUCAUCUUAAACCUGGCUGUCAGUGACCUGCUUGUGGGCAUUUUCUGUGUGCCCACAACACUCGUUGACAAUCUGAUUACAGGUUGGCCCUUCAGUAAUGCAGUUUGCAAAAUGAGUGGACUUGUCCAGGGGAUGUCUGUGUCUGCAUCUGUUUUCACCUUGGUAGCUAUAGCUGUUGACAGAUUCCGUUGCAUUGUGCACCCUUUCAAGCCCAAACUGACAUUACUCAAAGCAAUCAACACUAUUGUUAUAAUAUGGGUCCUGGCUGUAGCAAUAAUGUGCCCUUCUGCAGUGGUCCUGACAGUGGAUGAGGUAGAAAAUCACUAUGUCGUAUAUAACCAUGAACAGAACCAGAGUUAUCCCCUACACUCCUGCUAUGAAGCAUGGCCUGAUGGUGAGAUGCGGAAGAUCUAUACGACCGUCCUCUUUGCUCACAUUUAUGUGGCACCAUUGGUAUUAAUUAUCUUUAUCUAUGGACGAAUAGGCAUAAAGCUGUAUAAGUCCUCAGCUCCUGUUAGUGACCAUAUGGGGGAAGGUCAGGAGGGCAGGACCACAGUAUCCAAGAAGAAGAUAAAGGCCAUCAAGAUGCUUAUCAUUGUUGCCCUCCUCUUCAUGCUGUCAUGGCUGCCAUUGUGGACUUUGAUGCUUCUUUUAGAUUAUGCCAGUCUUGAAGACAAACAAAUAAACCUGCUGACUGGUUAUAUAUUUCCAUUUGCACACUGGCUGGCAUUUUCAAACAGCAGCGUGAAUCCCAUCAUAUAUGGUUACUUCAAUGAAAACUUUAAACGAGGGUUUCAGGCUGCCUUCAAUUUUCAACUCUGCACCAGUGAAACAGAACACCGGGCAGCCUACUGUGAUAGAACUACAGGGAAUAUGAACUUUGGUAACCGGAACAAAGUCUUUACAGAUGGGGAAUCAACAGACUCUGUUUGCAUGACAAAUAUACAGAAAAAUGUUUCUACAGCACCACAGAAUGGUUAUGUCCAGAGACAAGGUCUUCACUUGGAAGACAUUGAUAAAAUUACUCCACUUAAUGGAGUCUGCAAGGCAUGGGAUGCCUGAAAUACUUUGAUUUGACUCUUGACAUAGACAUAAGGAGUGCACUAAAUGAUAUUAUAAUAUAAGCUAGGCUUUUUCAAAAGAGCAAAAAAUAGAAGAAGUUCCAGUAUCCUGUGUGCUGGAUUUGAUGGCUUCUACAGAGUGUGGCCUCAACUGACAUAAUUAUAAAUGUGUAUCCACACACCUAGCUGAAAAAUGUGAUAUGGUGAACAAAUGUGUCAUUCUGUUUUAAAGCUGCAUUUAUAUACUUAUAUUAUAUUACUAAGGAGCCAUACCAAACAAUGAUAUCAAGGUGAAAAAGCAGAUAUCAACAUAGGAGAAAUGCAAGGUCAUAUGGAAUGACUUUAAAAUAUCAAAAAAUCAUUUACAGAAAUAGGAAAUUAUGACAGUGUACACGUGUAUAUAGCCAAACAGUAUUUUUUGUCCAAUUGAGUUCACUGGUCAUUUUUAUUUAUUUAUUGAUUGAUUGGUUGAUUGAUUUUAUUUAUUUUUCCUCUGUUCCUCCUCUGACCAUUGGGCUUCCACCUUGACUGUUCUUCUGGUUCAUUCCUUUCCCCUGAAAAAAGGGCCCUGUGCCCCAUUUUUUUCUAGGGGUGAGUUGACCAUAUCAAGAGUGGAGGCACCACCCAUGAGGAGGAUAUUGAGUAUUUCCUUAAAACCUUAAUUCUCUGGAAAUACUGGCUUAUAGCACACAGUAAAUUUUAAGGAGUACAGUGGACUAUAUGAGAUGUUCAUUUUACUUCUGUAGUGAGGUAUUGCAUGAGUCCUCACCUAUAAAUUGGUUCAUCAUGUUCUGAUUAUGGCAAUUGUUGGUCUUAUCAUCAGCAACAUGACAAUGGCCUUCCUUCCCACUACAGAUACCUCUCCAUUCUUCUCCCAAACGAGUGAAGAACAUAUAAUGCCUUGUCACUCCUCCCCUGCAUCAUGCCAGCUCCAACAGAUGCCUGAACCACUAACUGAACCUGUGUAGCCUCGGGUGAGGUCAGUGCUUUAUCCAUCUAGCCCAGUGGAACUACACAAAAAUGCCUUUUUAAGUAAUUACUGUAGUGAUCAAAAUCAAACCAAUAUUACAUAUAGUGUUUGUUUUCCAGAUGUUUUAUAUUGUGCACUGUUAUAAAUCUCAGUAUCUAAUGCUCCAUGGCAAUCUGCCAUGCUCCUCCCUGUACAUAUGUACAAAAUAUGUUGUACAAGAAACACUAUUUGAUGACUGAAUGAGUUUCUUUCAUUACCAGUAAAAAGAGAAUAGUCGCAAGAUGGAGCAGUAAUAUCCAGAUUUGCUGGAUAUGACACUAUCUAUCUUAGGAAAUUAAAUUUUCCAUGGGUAUUCAGCUCAGAAAAGCAUCAAACACAUGGAUCAAAACACCAGACAGUUCUGUGCAUACCACAUCUGUCGAUGAGUAACUGAUGCAGUCCAGCAUGCUGAAUGGACUCCUUUAUCACCCCACACACAUGAAAAAAACAUUGUAAUUGUCCAGACCAUACUCUGACUACUGCAGUACAAUGAAUACAUUAAAGUUUUUCUUGGCAAAAAUAAAUCCAGAAACAAAGUGA